UUUACCUGGCAGCUCUCGCACUUCCUGGAUCUGCCUAUAAGAAGUGUGCUGGGCACCUGGGACGCCACUUCUCUGGGACAGGUCACCUUCUGUUUCCUCCAGCAUGCGCUCUCUCCAGCUCCUGUUCAGGGCCAGCACUGGCCUGCUCCUGGUUCUCUGCCUGCAGCUGGGGACCAUCAAAACUCAGGAAGACACAACCAGGAGGGCAGUCAUAAUGAAUGUAGACAUGCCCAGUAGAACACGGGUAAAUCAGGAAGUCUCCGUGAAGCUUAACAUUGAAACAGAAUUGACAGAAUGUUUGGUGUGUAAAGCUUAUCUCAGAAGCAACGUCACCAUGGAUGGUCCGUUUAACUAUCGAUUCACUGUCUGCGUGUGUAAAGAUGCUCCAAGAACACUUUACUGGGACUUUCAGGUUGACAAAACUAUGGGAAUUGCAGUAGUGGUUGAUACCGUUCGGGAACUAGGUAUCUGCCCUGAUGAUAUGGCCGUUAUCCCCAUCAAAGCGAACCGCUAUUAUUACACUACUUCUCUAGUCGUACAAUAAUGGAAGUCUUCGUCUGUUCACCACACCCAGGUGGUCUCCUCUAAGGAUAUUUGGCUGGA